AUGAUCAACGCUCCGAGCAGCUAUAAGAGUAGCCAUCUUCGUCCACAUCCAUAUAACAAAAUACAAUUUGUUAUCCAUAGGAGCCUCACAGGACCACGAAGAAGACUUCCACAAGGAGCAUCGUGUUGUCUUUCCAUCAUGGCAUCUCUCGAUAGUCAAGCGAGACAGGAUAUUGAACAGAAUAUUCCUACCCUGGAUGAUCUCUAUGAUGCGUUAACAAGACGGGAUAUUGAACAAAAUAUUACCAACGUGGAUGAUCUCUACCGCGCGUUAUUCCAAACGAGACAGGAUAUUGAACAAGUUAUUACCAAUCCGGUAGACGCUAUUCAGCCCAUUCACGACGCCGAGACAAUUGAUGACAUACAAAAAUAUCUUUCAGACCUUAACCCAGCAUUCUGCGAACUUUCUUUGUUGUUUGGAAAGGUGGUCAGUUAUACAUCAUGUGCUUUGGGAAUGGAUGUAGAAGAGUGGGAAUUGGAUGGGUUCGCAUAUAUCUGA